CUCUCUGUUUUUUCAGUAUUUAGUAUGAAAACCUAUGUUUGUCAUAUUUGUAAUAUCACCUUUACAUCUUUAGAAAUGUUCCGGUCCCAUAUGCAAGGAAGUGAACAUCAAAUUAAAGAAUCCAUUGUUACCAAUCUAGUGAAGAAUCCAAAGAAGCCACCAGACUCUUACCAAGAUGAAAGUACAGAUUACAUCAAAGUACAGAAAACCAGAGGACCAGAACCAAAGACUUAUUUCAGAAAGAUGGAAGAGACUUCUUUGGAAGCCUGCAGGUACAGAGGAGCAGUUGAUUCCAGAUCCAAAUAUAGAAUGUUUGAACAAAUACUCCCAUGUGAGACUUUCCGGACAUACCCAAGAUCAUACAAUAUUUCACAAACAGUGGAAAACCAGUUACCUCAUUGCUUACCAGCUCACUCAAAGAACACAUAUGACUCUUUCCAAGAUGAACUGGAAGAUUAUAUCAAAGUGCAGAAAGCCAGAGGACUAGAUCCAAAGACUUGUUUCAGAAAGAUAAGCAAGAGCUCUGUGGAAACCCAUGGGUACAGAGGAGUUGAUUCUGGACCCAGACCAAGAAUGUGUGAGCAAAGAUUUUCAUUUGAGACUUCUCAGAACUCCCAGCAACCAUACGGUACUUCACCAGUGGGAAGCCAAUUACAUCACUUGUCACCAGCUCAUUCAAAGAGGUCAUAUGACUCUUUCCAAGAUGAACUUGAGGAUUAUAUCAAAGUGCAGAAAGCCAGAGGACUAGAGCCAAAGACUUGUUUCAGAAAUAGAAGUGAGAGCUCUGUGGAAACCCAUAAAUACAGAGAAAUGGUUGAUUCCAGACCCAGACAUAGAAUGUUUGAGCAGAGACUCCCAUUUGAGACUUUCCAGAAUUACCCAGUAUCAUAUGGUAUUUCACAGGCAGCAGAAAACCAGUUACCUCAUUGCUUACCAACUCAUGACAACAAACAGAGAUUAGACUCUAGGACCUACUGUCAACCCACCAGAGACUAUUUGCCAGAAAAACCAGUACCCCUGAGCCUUAGUCAACAGGAAAAUAAUUCUGGCCCAUACAGUGUAGAAUCUGAAGUUUACAAGUACCUCUCCUCAGAAAACAAUACCAGUGACCAUGAAGCAAGUCAUACACGGAAACAUCAGAAGAGAAGGCACCUGGAGGAAGGUGAAGAAAAGCCAGAGAAGGAGCAGUCGAAGCAUAAAAGGAAAAAGAGUUAUGGGGAUACAGAUCUAGACAAGGACAAGAGCAUCCAGAAAAGGAAAAGAGAGGGAGAUAAAGUCAGUUCAGGAAAGCUUAAGCAUCGAAAAAAGAAAAAAAGCCAUGGUGUUCCCUCUGAGAAGGAAGAACAUAAGCACAAGAAAGAGAAAAAGAAAUCUGUUGAAGAAAAGACGGAAGAGGAAAUGCUUUGGGAUGAGUCUAUUCUUGGAUUUUGA